UCCAAGACUCUCCUCACAGAAGAGACUGAGCACUCAGAGAGUGAAGAAGCACUGUCUGUACUGAGACUCAUCUACAGUUUGAAAGUGAACCCUGGUCGGUAUUCAUGGGGAUCAAAACUAUUUUGUUUUUCUUUGUACUUCUGCAUGCAUAUACUGCGACCUUUAACGAGAGCUCUGUAAGCAGCUUUGAACAGACUGAUGAGCCAACUGAUGAUGGCGAGUCUUCAAAGCAGAUGUCUGAUGAUCUCAGUUCAGGGUCACCAGGUAUUGACAACGAAUUCCGUCAUAGAGGUGCGUUUUUAGGCACUUCUAAGAAUGAGAACAGUAAUGACAUAUUGUCCAUCUCAGACGAGGCUGUUGACUUCCUCAAAGGCCCAGUGGUCACACGCAUCAUGCCCUCAUUCUACAUCAUCACCAUCCUCAUUAGUUUGCCCCUGAAUGCUUUGGCCUUGGUGACGUUCACCUGUAAGAUUCGAGAGAAGAAACCAGCUGUGAUCUACAUGUCUCACCUGGCAUGUGUGGACCUGCUCUUCACUCUUCUGCUGCCUCUGAAGAUCCACUACCAGCUGAACGCUUCAGAUUGGGUGUUCGGUGAGGCGGCGUGUCGUGUGAUCAGUGCAGCUUACUACUGCUACAUGUACUGCUCCAUACUGCUGAUGAUGUGCAUGAGUGUGGACAGGCUGCUGGCCGUGGUGUUUCCCAUCCCCUCUCUGACCUGGAGGAGCACAAGGAAAACCACAUUCAUAUGUGCGCUGGUCUGGCUGCUGGCGAUCGCUGGUACAGUGCCACUUCUCUUAGUGAGACAAACAGUUAGGACUGAAAAUGUGGGGAUCACGUGCCAUGAUGUGCUAAGCAAAAAUUACACUACAGUAAUGUAUUAUGUGUACAUGUUCUUCAUCCUCUCCUGCCUAUACUACUUUGUGCCACUAAUCAUCACCUUAGUGAGCUACUCCACCAUCAUAUAUGCGCUUCGUGUAAAGUCUGAUCUCUUAACUACAUCAUCCUCAUCUUCAGGCAGCCGAAGGAGAGCUGUGAUUAUGGCUAUCGCCGUGCUGACCGAGUUUGUGUUGUGCUUUGCUCCAACCAAUGGUUUCCUGUGGUACCACUGUUAUGUUUUAGCUACUGGAAACAACAGUGGCCAGGGAGAUUCAUCAUAUGCAGCUUACCUGUUGGCUGUGUGUUUGGGGAGCACAAGUGUUUUUCUGGACCCUCUGCUGUACUACUACGGCUCGUCUCAGAGCAGACAGAAGAUCAGCUCUGUGUUUAGGAGGGAAAAAACAACCUCACCAUGUAAUACACAGACAAAAUCAGCAGAUGCUACUAAAGACAGGCUUUUGGUAAAGUGUGAAAAAAACUGAACAAGUACAGUAUGUGGUUUCCAUAAAUUGCAUUUUGAAUAUAUUAUAUGAUAUAUAUCUUGCAUCAAUUGUUAAAAUGCUACUACUUGUUGCGUUUGUCUGUUCAAAAGCAGAAGGGAUGUGUAACUGUUGCCUAAUCAUAGAUGUCUUUUGCAAAACUUAAGGUUGUACUUCCCCUACUUUUUAAUGUCACAUGUAAUUUUUUCACACUGUCUUUGAUUUAUAAACUUCAGGGGGUUGCUUUUGCUAUAAUACUGUUAAGACGUCUGUUUGUAAAUAUGUGUACUCUGUGAUAGUUUACACUGUCAUUAUUCAGCAAUGUUGCUGCGUAAUCGAAACGCGUUGAUAUGUAAAAUGAAGUCUUUUUUCCACAAACUAGAAGUGAAAUAGUAGUCCAUAUAAAGAUUUCUUUGUGGAGGGAAAAAAUAUACAUC